AGACGGUAUCGCACAGACACACACACACUCGCUCACACUUGAUACAUGCUCAAUCGAUUCAAAUUCAUGCUUGCCUGCUUGCAAUGAAGACUUGCUUUCUGCUCAAAAUAUCCCACAGAGUGAUUCUGAAAAGAAUAACAAACAGCUAAAUGACAACUGCUGCAUGACUUUACAGUCAAAUGGUUUCAAACAAUUUCCUGAGUUUGCUCUGACGCUCUGACGAAGGUGAACGUAUGGUGUUUUUAGUAGACUCAGGAGCAACACAUUUGGUAAUAAAAUCUUCCAUGUUUUCCAAUCCACCUAAAAUGAGUGGACGAUUUGUGGACACUAUAGGUUCGUCUGGCCAGACAAUAAAAGAAAAACUUACUGUGCCUCUUUCUUGCACAACAUCAGACAGCAAGACACUCAAACAUUCAUUUUUGCUUUCAAACUUAUGCCCAGUUAAUCUAUUAGGAAGAGAUCUCAUGUGUAGUUUAGGUAUUUCACUGAUUUCAACAACCAGGUCACAACCACGGACAAUGUGAAUAAUUUUUCUUUUGUUUGUGUUAAUUUCAGCUCAGAGCCGCUGCUCUACUCUUAUCAGUGGCUGCUGAAGGGAGAGGCUGUAACUGAGGCCCUCAUACAGGCUGCUCGACAGCUUGUUUCCUCACAGAAUACGACCUUUAGAGACGCAUCUGACCUGUCUUGUACAGCACAUGUGUCCACUGGUCCUGAUGAGAAGUUUGAAAAAUCAUGGUUACGCACACAUGCGGACAAACUGACCUCAACCUCUCUAUUUUGGGAUGAACAUAGGUCUGCGCUUGCGAUUUCUCUCACUAACGAACAAGAGAGAUUUGUUGAUGCUUAUUCUACAGAUCCACAUGUCCUUCUGUCAAAACAUGACGGAGACAGAUGGCAGGACUUGGGUCCUUUCGUGGACAGAUGUCAACGGGAAGGAGACUGGCAAACGACUUCCGACCCAAAUGUGAUGUAUUCACCUACUUUGCAUGCUUACAAAAAACUUUUUCAGUCUAACUUUCAUGCGCAGCGUACAGUGCAGUUGGUACCUCAACAUUCCACGCACACUCGACACCACGUGUUUUUGUCGGAGGACGCGCUGACGCAGUAUCCAGCCUUACAGGAAGUUCCAGCUUCCCUGUGGGCGACACACAAAUAUGAUGUAGGUUUGAUCAAAGGGUGUGACCCAGUGGUCAUCACGCCAAAAUCUGACUACAGACCAUGCAAACGGCAAUACCCUUUAAAGAGAGAAGCAAUUGAAGGGAUAACACCGGUGUUUAACUCUCUUUUGAAAGCAGGAGUCAUCGUCCCGUGUGACAACUCUCCAGUGAGGACUCCACUCUUCCCAGUUAAGAAAAUCAGAGACAAAGGACAGCCAACAGAAUGGAGGUUUGUCCAGGAUCUGCAAGCAGUAAAUGCGGCGGUCUAACCACGCGCGCCUACGGCACCGCCCUGCUGAGUGAGGAUCAGGAAACUUGCACAGCAGACACGAUCAAGCUGCUGAAACACCUGCAUGCUGCUGGACACAGAGCAAGUCUGUCUAAAUUACAGUUCGUUCAGACUGAAGUUACCUUCCUAGGUCACAUCAUCACCGCUGAAGGAAAAUCCAUUUUACCUAAAAGAGCUGAAGCUAUUCAGAACCUGCCUAAAUCGUGCACAUACAAACAGCUUAUGUCCUUUUUAGGCAUGUGCUCUUAUUGCAGGAAUUUCAUUCCUAACUGCGCCGUCUUGGAGGCUCCGCUUAGAGCUCUGAUGCAGACAUCUUCUGCAUCCACCACCCGCCUCAUGUGGACGUCUGAGGCUGAACAGGCGUUCACCGACCUCAAACUUGCUCUUCAGUCGGCUCCUACUUUGGGUCUGCCUGACCCUACGCGACCUUUCACCCAAACAGUGGAUGAGAAAUCAGGUUGUAUGACCUCGGAGGGCGUCCACGCCCUGUAGCCUAUUUCUCUGCGGGGCUCCCACGAUGCCUCCGAGCAGUGGCUGCGGCAGAGAAAGCCGUGCUGGCAUCACGUGACAUUGUUGGCUAUUCUGAUGUCACCCUGCUGGUUCCUCAUGCCGUGUCUUUGAUCCUUUUGGAACAAAAAACAUCACAUCUUUCUACAGCCCGAUGGCUUAGAUACAACACCAUCUUACUGGAAAUGCCAAACAUUACUGUCAAAAGGUGCAAUGUGCUUAACCCAGCCACUUUGUUUCCAGGCCCUGACAAUGGCGAGCCUCACAACUGUGUUUCGGUCUUGAACCAGGUCUGCACUCCGCGCCCAGAUCUAUCGGAGGUGCCAAUUCCUAACUGUGACCUCGUUCUCUUUGUUGAUGGCUCCGCCUCUAGAGACCCUGCUUCGGGCCACUGUCAGGUUGGAUAUGCAGUCUGCACCUCUCAUACUGUUUUACAGUCUGGCGCUUUGCCAGGACAUUACUCUGCUCAGGCUGCGGAGUUGAUCGCACUGACCGAAGCCUGUAAAUUGGCUGAAGGGAAGUCUGCUACUAUCUACACAGACUCCAGAUACGCUUUUGGCGUCACACAUGACUUUGGUGCUCUGUGGAAACACAGAAAGUUUUUGAAAUCUGAUGGCAAACCUAUCUUGCAUCAUGAUAAGGUUGCUGAUCUGCUCGAUGCAAUUCUGUUACCAGCUGCAAUUGCUGUAUGUAAGUGCCCUGCACACACUGGGGGCACUGAUCCCAUCUCUGCUGGAAACGCACGCGCUGAUGCUGCUGCAAAGGCAGCUGCCCGACUUCCCCUUCCCUUUGUUCCCUGCCUCUUAUCCUCCACCUCUACCCAACCUCCCUCUCCUCCCUCUGCUCUCCCUGAUCUUCAGACAUUCUCUACCCCACAGGAACGCAAGCUCUGGCUGACGAAUGGCGCCACCAGUAGCCAUGGCGUUUGGUAUGGGCCCGACGGCAAACCUUGCCUACCUAAACACUUUUUCCCUCAUUUCGCGAAGUUGACACAUGGAUUAGACCAUGUAUCAAAGGGGGGAAUGUUAGAUGCUCUUACAAAACAUUGGUACACUAAGGGAUUUUCAAUCUAUGUGCAAAAAUACUGCGAAGCAUGUAUGACAUGCGCCCAACACAACCCAGGUAAGACGACUGCCAAACCACUGGCAGCUCACCCACCACCGGAACAGGCGUUUGACCAUUUAAUGCUGGACUUCAUCGAACUAACGCCAGCAGAAGGUAAAAAGUAUUGUUUAGUGAUUGUUGAUAUGUGGUCAAAAUGGGUGGAGGCCUUCCCAGCUAAACAUGCUAACAGCCAUGCAGUUACCAAAGCCUUGCUGACAGAAAUAAUUCCCAGAUGGGGGAUUCCAUCUAAAAUCAGCAGUGACAACGGCUCACACUUUGCAAAUCAAGCCCUUGAGGAAGUGGGAAAGUUUCUGAACAUCAACAUCAGAAAGCACUGCUCUUACCACCCUCAAAGCGGAGGGGCGGUAGAGAGAGAGAAUGGCACUUUGAAAAACAAACUGGCUAAAUGCUGCUCAGAGACUGGUCUCAAGUGGACUCAGGCUCUUCCCAUUGUGCUCUCAUACAUGAGAAUGAGGAGAAGGAUGAGAACAAACCUCAGCCCGUAUGAGAUUCUAUUUGGUAGACCUCCUAUGAUGGGACUCCACCCUGAGACUGAGACUAGGAUUUUACCACCUACUGAAAUGUGCGAAGACGCAAUGCUACAGUACUGUAAGAACUUAUCCUCUGUUCUUUCCCAAAUCUCCAAACAGGUGAAAGCGUCUCUGCCCAAACAGGCGACAGAACCACUGCACAUCAUUCAACCAGGAGACUGGGUGAUCAUUAAGGAGCUUCGCAGGAAGCACUGGAACCCAAAGCGGUGGCAAGGUCCCUUCCAAGUCCUUCUGACGACCAACACGGCUGUGAAGAUCGCAGAAAGAGCGACUUGGAUCCACUCCAGCCACUGCAGGAAGGUCCCGGAUCCGACAGACGACCCUCCAUCUACAUCUACACCACAUGAGAAAACUACCACUGACGAAAAGAACUGAGAAGGACGACCCUCGCUGUGCUCACACACGCACUGAGGCGAGGCUGCGUUGACCGUUCAGCUAAAGGUGUGAGCCAAGCGCCGCCUGAAGCUGCGCCGGUGAAUCACACUAUCAGACCAUACAUCUACACACACGCUCCUGAGAAAACACACACACGAGCAGCCUUGAGUUGCCGACGCUGGACGACGUGUAGACUCUUCACAUCACGGGGAGUGACAGUGACUCAGACGACAUUGGGAGGAAACCUGGCGGUGAUAACGAACCCCAAGUGUCUCUGUGAUCAGCUGAUCACAACCUGAAGAACCCCAACGAACUGUCAAGGUGUCAACACACAGGUUGGAAACAAUCUAACACCACUGUUCAACAGGAAGAAGAAGACAUUGAUUGUGAUCCUGUUGUUUUAAUCUUCACUGUAUAUUACUUUAAUAUUUGCUCUAAAUUGUGUGGUUGAUUUACAUGUAUGCCUCUCUGUGAUUUUAUCCACUAUUUUUGAACAAAACAUUUUACGUUUUCACUUGAUUCACACUUUCACACAAAUUUUUAUCUUCCACUGACGCAAAAUGACAUCCACCAGACGAAACAAGAUAAAAAUGAUUGUCAUAUCGACGAUGACAGCAAUAUGCGUGGUCACUCUGACAUUAGCAUCAACCGAAGACACUCUUAUCCACUGCACACCAGAGUCACCCACAAAUCGAUCAUGCUUAGUUUGUGCCAUUAGAGACCUGAUGACCAUGACGGAACAAUUGCCCUACAUAGCGAAGACAACAUGGCAGAAUAGAAUGGCCUUAGAGAUGUUAUUAACAAAGAUGGGAAGUGUUUGUGUCAGGUUUGGUAAAACAUGCUGUACCUUUAUUCAGGAUGAUUGAACAUGAACUGAUUGGAAUCAAUUAUAGGCUUAUGUCCCUGUCUUUCCCAUACACAAGGGUUAUUCUAGUAUAACUACCCACAAAAAACAGCUCACAAUCUUUUAUCCCUACGCCAUUUACAUCUUUAUAAGCAAUACAUUUAACAAAUCAUUUUUAAAGAAUGCUUUAUUACUACAGAAUGAAUACCACGAUUGACAAUUUUUAUUCUUUCAAUGUUUGAUUAAUGUGUAAUCAAAAGGGGGGAAGUGUAAUGGAAAAAUUGUACUUUAAUGCUCUUGUGUUCAUUUCUGACUCUGUAUAAUGCAUUCUGUACUUGUUGAUUAGACCCAGAAUUGAACAUUAUUAGACAAACAAUCUAUCUUCCUCUCAAGGUUCUGUCGCACAUUAAGUGCUGACAUCUAAUGUUGUGUUUGACUGACCGAUUGUUUAUGGCUUGGGUCUGCCUUUUACCCCUGGUCUCUGGCUCCUUUCUAUCUGAUGCCCCACCAGACCCAAGGCUGUAGACCUUGUGUAUUCCCUGUGUAAUGUAAACAUCUUCACCCACAGUGUGAUAGGAAGAUUCCACCAGGUCCCGGGAGAGAGGUUAAAAGGCAGAGACAACCUCAGAACGGGGUGAUCUUUGGAUUAUACCUCCGUGGUGUAUGUUCUGAUCUCCCCAGCUGGCUUUUUAUUUGCUUUCCUCAUUACUUGUUAUUUUCUUUAUUAUUUCAAUAAAUCGCACAAAAGGACAA